AAAGUUGAGCUUACUCCCUAGCCUUUGUUCUUCUAAUUACUUCUUCUCCUGGAUCUCUCUCUUCGAAGAUUAAACCUCUGAUGGUGAAGCAGACUGGUUAAGGAAAACGUGCUCGAAAAGCGACGGUUGGCUUGCUUGCUUAAGAAGAAGGACCUCUGAGAUCGAGUUUGGGAAAUUUAUAUAGAAAGAAAAGGUGGAGGAAAUAGCGAGAAACCAAUUUGGGGUCUGGUAUGAGCGGCCUCAGAAAAAAUCAAGCAGCGCAGAGAAGGAUCAGAUCAGCAGCAUGACAUGGCACUCAGAUGAGGAAGAGGAAGAAGAGAGGGCAGCAGUUCAGUCAAUAACUCCCUCCUCUGCAACAUAUCCUCAGCAAUCUAAGAAUAAUAAGAACAAUGAAAUAUCAUCAUGCCCGUCUUGUGGCCACCCUAUAGAUUUUCAAGACCAGGCUGGAAUUCAUGAUUUGCCGGGACUACCAGCAGGGGUGAAAUUUGAUCCGACGGACCAGGAGAUUCUUCAACAUUUGGAGGCAAAAGUGCUCACUGAUACCAGAAAGCUUCAUCCACUCAUUGAUGAAUUCAUACCAACGCUUGAUGGAGAGAAUGGAAUCUGCUCUACCCACCCAGAAAAGCUACCAGGAGUUAACAAAGAAGGACAGAUCCGCCACUUUUUUCACCGACCCUCAAAGGCCUAUACCACCGGAACCAGGAAGCGAAGGAAGGUUCACACCGAAGAAGAUGGAAGCGAGACAAGAUGGCACAAAACGGGCAAGACAAGGCCAGUCCUAGCCAAUGGAGCAGUCAAGGGUUUCAAAAAGAUCUUGGUCCUCUACACCAACUACGGCAGGCAAAGGAAGCCCGAGAAGACGAAUUGGGUGAUGCACCAGUACCACCUUGGCAACAAUGAAGAAGAAAAAGAUGGGGAGCUAGUGCUAUCUAAGGUCUUUUACCAAACACAACCUAGGCAAUGUGGUACUGGCACUCCAAGUAUCAGAGAUGGUGGUCCUCCAUUGUUGAAUCCAUUUGAUAGCCAUCAUUAUAAAGGUCAAGUGAAUAUUCGUAGUGGCCAAGAUGGGAUUCCUCUUCCUCUUCCUCCAAAGAAGGCUGGUGUUAUGGAGUAUUACAAUCAUAAUCAUCCUGGUCCUUUUAUGAACUAUGAGCAUCCUCAUCUAAUUCAAGGAGGCCAGAAUAGGGAAAUCCCAGCUCAACUAAUUCCUAACAUGGUUCUUCAAGGUGACGGGUCUUCGUUGUUUCGAUACAAUGCUGCAGAUACAAGCAAAGGAAACUAAUUGAGAGGAAAAUAUAGUCAUGGGUCUAUAUCAUGACCAUGGAUACAUGGAAAAGUUUUAUAUCGAGGUAGCUUAGCUAGUUUAGAGCAGCAGUGACAUUAUACCUUCUUUUUCCCAUGCCAUUAUACUCAUCUGUUUUUGAUUUGCACAUUUAUAUAGUUUUGGUUAUUGACUUGCUGCUGUACAAUAUUCCAAAGAUAACUUUCUUAUGUGGAAAAGAAUCAUAGAUUCAUAUGAUAACAUCCUAACAAAUUCACAUACGGAUUACUGGAC